GGCCCGGCCUCGGGCCGCCGCCACCACGCCGCGCGCCGUACUCCGCGUCAAGAAUGGGGCGGCCAAGCUGCCCAAGCCGGCCGCCGCCGCCGCCGCGGCCGAGGCGCCCGGCGCCGGUGCGGGCAUGGAGCGCUCGCAGAGCCGCCUCAGCCUGUCCGCCUCCUUCGAGGCGCUCGCCAUCUACUUCCCGUGCAUGAACUCCUUCGACGACGAGGACGCGGGGGACAGCCGGAGGUUGAAGGGGGCCAUCCAGAGGAGCACAGAGACGGGCCUGGCGGUGGAGAUGCCCAGCAGGACGCUGCGCCAGGCCAGCCACGAGUCCAUCGAGGACAGCAUGAACAGCUACGGCUCUGAGGGCAACCUUAACUAUGGGGGAGUUUGCCUGGCAUCGGACGCCCAGUUCAGUGACUUCCUGGGCAGCAUGGGGCCAGCACAGUUUGUGGGCCGCCAGACCCUGGCCACCACGCCGAUGGGGGAUGUGGAGAUCGGCUUGCAGGAGCGGAACGGUCAGCUCGAAGUGGACAUCAUCCAGGCUCGGGGACUGACGGCCAAGCCAGGCUCCAAGACACUGCCAGCGGCCUACAUCAAAGCCUACCUGCUAGAGAACGGCGUCUGCAUUGCCAAGAAGAAGACCAAAGUCGCUCGCAAGUCGCUGGACCCGCUGUAUAACCAGGUGCUGCUGUUUCCCGAGAGUCCCCAGGGCAAAGUCCUGCAGGUGAUCGUGUGGGGGAACUACGGGCGGAUGGAGCGGAAGCAGUUCAUGGGUGUGGCCCGCGUACUGCUGGAGGAGCUGGACUUGACCACCCUGGCCGUGGGCUGGUACAAGCUCUUCCCCACCUCCUCCAUGGUGGACCCAGCUACGGGCCCCCUGCUCCGGCAGGCAUCCCAGCUGUCCCUUGAGAGCACCGUGGGGCCCUGCGGCGAGCGAUCUUAGUGCCAGGGAGGGGGAGGGGCUCCCCAAGAUGGUCUGGAGACCGCCCAGCCCCGACCUGGGACCCCAGGCCCAGGGGCACAUUGAACAGAGGAGGAUGGGGUUCUCCCCCCACAGCGGGGAAGCAGAACGGGGAGACCUGCCCCCGCAGGGCCCCUCCUCACCCCUUCUUUGCCUCCCAUCCCCUGAGACCUUCCCUCUCCCGAUGGGAUUGGCUGCACUUUUGACUUGGCUGGUUCUUGACCUGGUGGAUGUGGCUGCAAUCCGGAGAAAGGAAAGACCGAGGUGGCAGAGCAAACCAUCCUCCUGCCCCAGACACUGUCUGACCGCUCCCCCUUUUUGCCUCCUUGGAAGCUCGCUGCCCGGAGCCAAGUCCAGAACCCAGCGGCCAUCUCCAUGGUGCCAAUUACCAGCAAGUGUCUUUCCUGCGGCACCGGGUUCAGGCAGCUACUCCUGCCCCAAAGCCUAUGGGGCAGCUUUGCAAGGAUCCGGAGCCAGCUCCGGGGGGCCCUAAGCCCCCGACUUGAAGAGGAGCUCAGGCCUCCCUCCACCUGCCCGUGGAAGGAGCUUUGCCGCAGCCUGUUCGAGUCCAUCUGUCCGUCCCCUGCCUGCCCCUCUUACGGUGGCUCUAGGACUUGGGGUCCUUCAGGGACCAGAGGACAGGAGGGGUGCCCUGGGCCUGGCACAGACCCCCAGGGUACCUGCCUCUGUGGGAUUGCAACAACCUAGUUUGCAAACCGUUAGUGGACUGGACAGAACUCUGUCGCCUAUGUUUUAGCAGAGGAGCUGUGGGACCCCGAUUUUUGAGAACCCCAGCUCCAGAGAGCUCACCGUCUCUGAAUUUUGGAGAUGCGGGAUUGGAGAGGGAGUCUGAGGAAAGCUGGGCUUGGGACUGGUGGUGCCCAGGCGAGGGUUUCCCAAGUAGGAGAAUCCCUCCUUGCUGGAUGAGGUCAAAGUUUAUCUUGUCUGGCCCUCUGCCUCCAGGCUAAGGGUCUGGGGAGGCAACAGAGCUCCCCAAUUUUAGUCUUUUUAAACAAACCACCCUGUACUAAGGGCAGAACCCACUGCCCCGGCCUCAGUGACCGGAGAGAAAGGAGUGUCUCUCAAGGAGAGAAAGAGAGUGAGGAGAGGCAUGAGUGUGAGAAUUGGGAGAUUCCUUCUCGAACAGGCCUGGGGCCCUCCCCGGGGCCUUCACAAGCCCUUUUGCAUGCUGGGGAGGACGCAGGCUGGCCCCCCUCUCUAGAAGCACAUUUCUGCCGCCUCCCCUGGGAGGCGCCCAGCCGCCCACUCCCCAUACCCCCCUCAUUACCCAGUCCUGCUGUGUAGGGCAUAGUCCUGGUUAGCCGGGUAGGGUUAGUGUGCCAGGCCCUGUGCCUGGUCUUAGCUCACAUAGAGUCCUUACAGAGUCCCCAGACGGGGCGAGAGGAGAUGGAGUGCGUUCCAGGAGACGGCCUUUUCCUCCUCGAUGGCCUGGCCUGGGCCUGGAUCUGGAGCCUGGUUCACACGGAAGGCCACCCGCCCCCCCCCCCGCCCCCCCCUCCUCCCCUCCCCCUUCUCCCCCUCCUUCCUCCCCCUCACCAUGUAGGGUUGUAGCCAGAGCUGCCCAUGAUACUCAGAUGUUCUGAUUUAUUACCCUUGGUACUGAUUUUAUUUAGGAAGCACUCCUGAGGAUGUGAGCCUUGGCAGAGGGGGCCUGGGCUCCAUCAGAGGAGGUGGUUUUCCGCUGGGGAUGCCCGGCUGUGUUGAGUUCCACCUUGCUCCCGGUCCCCCUCUGGGCUAUUGACCAGGUGAUUCCUUCCACCUGGAGCCCCUCAGCCUGUUUGAGCCCUGGGCCCCCUUUAAAGUUCUGGAUGAGGUAUAGCGCCCCCAUGCUCUGGGAAGGGGAGAUGGAGGUGCCCCUUUGAUCCAGGAGGCCUUCAGACCUUCCUGGGAUUGUGGUGGCUGGAAUCCCAAGGCUGGGGCAGGAGGCAGCGGGGCUCUGGAGGCCCAGAAUCAGCACCUCCUCCGUGUGUUUUUUUUAAACCAGUGUGAUUUUUCUGCCGUUCGUUUAUUACUCACCAUUCGUAAUAUUUUGAGCCAGGAGAGCGCCUUCUCUCUCCAGCUGUCACUGCUCUGGUAGUUCAGGGGUAGCUUUUCAAAGACAGGGCGGAGCCUGGCUGUUUCAACCAGAGAGGUGGGGGUGUGGUCUGUGCGCCCCAGCCUGAGCCUGCCCUCGGGUGUCUGCACAGCCUUUAUAAAGGGAGAGAGCAUGCUCCAAAGCAAUAACAUCCAGAGGGUGGUCACCGAGGGCCCCCCUCAAUGACUUUCUUGUUUGUUCUGUGAAUUCUCAGCUCACCUCCUGGAGGGGUGGGCUGGGGUGAGGGCUGGAGCCCUCUUUCUUUGUAUCAUCGUUGUGAGCACAUGGCCACCUUCCAAGGGACCCCGACCAUUGGGCGUGGGAACCACCGUCUGUCCUCACCAAGGGAUUGGGGUUUGGGGAGGGGUGACUAUUCUCAUCAUUAGCUUUGGGGAACCUUCAAGCCUGCUCCUGUCUGAUCCUUUGCCAGCUCAAACUCCCCCAUAUGGAGAAGAGCAGAGAGGGUGGAGUUGGGAUUAGGAGUCGGGGGGCUGGGGUCUAGGGGACAAUUCUUUUUUCAAUCCCUGGGCCAAAGGUCACAUGCAGGGGUACGGUGGGAGGGAGUCAUCUCCACUUUCCUUCUCCAGAAUCUGCCUGUCGCACUAAAGCAAAAGGGGCUUUGGGACCAUAAGUGAAAUCAUUUCCAUUUUACAAAGACAUCACAGGCCUCUGGGGUCACCUGUGAGUUUAUGGCACCCCCAGCCUGGGCCUCCUCCUCCCACCAGAGGCUGAGCUGCAGCCAGGGCAGGACCAGCUGGGGCCACAGUUUCCCACAAUAUUUCCUCCGCCCCUCUCUCUGUGUCCUUCUCCCAGGGGCCUUGAAAAGAUGGGCAGUGCCAACUGUAGCCCAUCUGAGAGGGGAGGAAACAGGCUCAGAAUCAGUAAGUGACUUGCCCAAGAUGAGACCCCUCAGCAAGUGAGCCAAAACGAGGGCUCCACUGUCCCUCCUUUGUGGGACAGAAGACCGUCGCUCCAGGGCACAUCUGCCAUGAUAAAUAUUUGUGACCUUUAAGCCCUGGGCCACCCAGCCCUGCUUGGUUCCAUCUUGAUGGGCCAAUAACUUUUCUGGCCCCGGGUUUGGAGGAAAGGGUUGCCAUAGAGACCUCGCUCUCCUGGGGGUCUGGCCUGACUAACUGAGGCUGUGCAGGAUUUGGUCCAGGCCUUGAUGUCUAAGUGGGGACUCCCGCCAAGGGGCCACAACCCCUCCGAGACCAGCCUGAGGGAGGCAAGACACUGGUUCCUCCCUGGGGCUGUGCGGGAGUGAGCUGGCUGUGGUACACUUCAUCUUAAGGAAAUCCUCACCAGACCUUCAGAUAUAACAACAGCUGAUCUUCCUGUAGUGCUUUUCAAACUUCUUUUGUUUUCAAACUGCUUUUACCUUGCGUGUAACCUCACAAGAGCCUCUGGGCAGUCAGUGGACACCUGUGUUAUCAGCCCCAUUUUACAGAAGAGGAAGCUGAGGCCCUGGGAAGGGGAGGCAUCUGCUAAGGUCCCACUGUGAGCUGGUGGCUGAGCCUGGAUGAGAACUCAGUUCUCCAACAGUUCAGAGCUCUUUCUUCAACGUGGGGUGAAGCAGAGAGUUGAGGUCACGCACUUUACAAGCUGAUCCGCCAUCCGGCUCCUUAUAUCAGGAGCUCACGGGCACACCUCAGUGUUCAGAGGUACCUCUGAGCCCCGCUGCCCUUGGAGCACGGCUGUUGCGUCAGGCAAGGCCACCUGCAUUUAUUUAUUGAGCAGCGGCCCUGUGCCAGGCCCAGGGGACUGGGGUGCCCCAUCUCCAUCCCCCGUUGCCCUGUAAUGACUCCUUUGGGCUCGGGGAGGCCCUGUGUCUGUAUAGCAGCAUUUCCAAGUGGACGGGAAACGUUCUGUCCAUGAGGUCAUCUGACUCACAAACCCUGACGGGGAGACACUGACCGUGCCCGUUUGACGCAUAGCUUCUGUGAGGGCAUAGUGGAGACUUGAACACGGGGCCUCAGGCAUCACCUCUGGAGCCCUUUCACUCUACCACUGCCUCCUGAGGGGUGGCAGGAAGGCAGGACCCCUGGUCCUCAGGCCCACUCUCCACUCACUCACCUUUCACCCCCCUUCCCUCUUUGGGAGCAGGAGCCCCUCAGGCUUUUGGGGAGGGAGGGCUUCCUGGGCCCCUGGGUUGGAGCGGGUCACGUUGCAUUGUGUUCAUGACCAUGUAGCUCAUGUU